AUGCAUAAACGUGAAUUGGCACGACUCACGAAACAACGGGAAUGGCUUGAUGGACGCUCAACCAAAUUAAUGAAUCAAGAUGGGCCUUGUACAACAAGUGAUAUGGAGAAUAUGCAACAAUUUCUCGAGUUCUAUCACAAAACACUAUCGAAACUCGACGAUGAAACAGUUCAGGAAGAAGAGGAAGUCAAGAAAUUGAAUGCUCGUCAAGAUGCUUUGAACGCUCAAAUCAAUGAACACGGCGCUGUAGCCCAAGCGAAUCGACGAAAGAUAUGUCGAGAAGUGACGAUUACAGUUCAUAUAGCUAGUGGUAAAAUUGAUGUGGCACUCGAAGUUUCGUAUUUGAUCGGGAAUUGUUCUUGGAGUGCCAGUUACGAUGUUCGUGUCAGCAGUGUCGAAGCAAAUCGACAGAGAACACAGUUAACAUAUUAUGGGAUUAUUGUGAACAAAAGCCAAGAGAACUGGCUCGAUGCGAAUUUCUCGUUGUCGACAGCAAGACCGUCCUUAGGUGGCACUCCACCGAAAUUGAACACACUCAAAAUUGACUAUUACAGACCACUGAUCAUUUAUCCUAAGCGAACGCUUCGAUCAGAAUCAAUGGACUAUAUGAGUAGUAUGUGUUCAGCAGGUGGAGUUAUGGCUGCACGUGUGCCUAUGAACCGAGCAAAGGGUGCAUUCAGAUCAUUUCGUGGUAAAUCGACGCUUGCUUAUGAUCUGACCAUUGAAGAUGAAGACGAUGAUGAUGCUGAGACGAAAGUUAAUGUUCUCGCCUCUAAAACCGAAGCCAGCAUGUCUAGUACCAGCUUUGUUAUUCCUCGUCGAUCAACCAUCGAUUCUGAUGGAAAACCACACAAAGUUACGAUUGGUGUUCUAGAACUUACUUCAACAUUCACAUACACUGUUGUACCGAAAAUGUCACUUCGUGCGUAUCUCAAAGCGUCAACCGUGAAUACAUCCGAUAAACAACUUCUUGCUGGACCAGUAUCUGUGUUUAUGGACAAUAAUUUUAUCACGCAUAGUUCGAUCGAUAAUGUUUGUGUUGGUGAUACAUUCGACCUUCCAUUGGGUACAGAUAUCAGUGUCAAGAAAGUAGCUGCUGAAUGA